AAAAAAAGUUGUAAUCAGUGAGGGUGAGGCCACCACCAAAACGAGUGUUUGAUUUCCAUUUUUUGUUUCUUUAAUUUCUUCCCCCCCUUCAAUCCCCGCUUCUUCGAUCCCUUUCUGUCAUCGUCUGUCUUUCAAAAAAAAAGCUGCGAUCUGAAUUUGCAAACCCUAAUUUUAAAAGGCUUCAUCUUUUUAUUCUGAAAGCCAGAUGAUUCAGAACAGAGAUCAAUUUUUUAUAAAUUUUGUCAAAAAUUUCAAGUUUUAGAUUCCGAUUGAGCCACGAGGGUUUCGUUUUUUGUCAAUCCCUCAAGUUUCUCGGAUUUUUAGUUUCUUUAACUUUGCCUGAAAGGUGUUCGACAAAUUGCCUCUUAAAAGAAAAGAAAAAAAAAAAAAAGGAAUCUUUUUUAGCCUCUCACCUGUUCUUCAGUUUUUAGUACGAGAAACAGGCUGUAAUUUGUGGUUAAUUUGAUCUGAAAUUUUCUUUCUUGUUUCCUUAAUUUUCAUGGAUAUGUAUUGUUCUUCAAGCAGCAAUCAGUUCUUGUCUGUAGAUCCAUUGAGAGAAGAGCUAAUGGAAGCUCUCCAGCCGUUUGUUAAAAGUUCUUCCAUUUCUUCUCCAAACAGCUUCUGUUCUUCAUCUUCUUCACCCUCAUCUUAUCUUGAUUCUUUCUCUUCUGAUCCAUCAAUGGCGGCUGCUUAUCCCCCAAUCCAAUCAAGAACCUUUUCUCCACUCCCUCAACCCCAAUCAUUCGAUCUGCAAUUCCAUCUCCAAUUGCUGCAACAGGAGCAGCUGAUCAAUUACCAGUUAGCUCAAAACCAGACCUUCCAUGGCCGAUUUCUUUCCCCCAAACCUGUCCUGAUGAAACAGUCUGCAAAUUACCCCAAGCCUGCCAAGCUCUACAGAGGAGUGAGGCAGAGGCAUUGGGGAAAAUGGGUUGCCGAAAUCCGGCUUCCGAAAAACCGAACCAGACUCUGGCUCGGCACCUACGACACCGCCGAGGAGGCAGCGCUGGCGUACGACGCCGCCGCCUACAAGCUCCGGGGAGACUCCGGCAGGCUCAAUUUCCCGCAUCUGAAGCAGCAAUUGUCGCGGGAUUCGUCGACAGGUGGCCUCAAGCCUUUGCAUUCCUCCGUGGAUGCUAAGCUUGAGGCCAUCUGUCGAACCCUCGCCGCCGACGAUCAGAAACAAAGGUCCCGGAGCUCGAAGAAUUGCAGUAAGUCCGACGAGGCGUCGGAGGUGGAAGAGGGAUUGAAAGUUUCGGAAUUGGAUGAAACAGUGAAGGUAGAGCCACCGGCUUCGCCGGAGUCCGGGAUCACUUUCCUCGACUUCCCGGAGCCGUCGUCGUGCUUCGACGAAUGCGAUAAUUUGAUGCUGCUGCAGAAAUACCCUUCGGUUGAGAUUGAUUGGGCAGCUCUGUAAUAGAUAUGUUUUUGUGUUUGUGUCAUCAUCUCAUCUGCAAUGGAGUUUUUGACAUGUGCAGAUGGGAUUGGAUUGAAUCUUGUUUUUGUGUAAUAGUAAGGUAGGGUUGGUCUGAAUCUGCAUCUGCAAUUGCUUGUGGUUUUUGUUUCCAAGCAUUGCAGCCAUGGCAGGGGAGGGAGAUCCAGUUUAUUUUUUACUGUAUUUCUCUACUUUCUUCAUUACCUUACCUUCAGUUGUAUAAAUUAAGAAAUAAAUAAAUUGCUCUUGUUUUUGUGAAAA